AUGUCCGUCGCUCUAGCUCGUACUGGCUCAGGCAGAAUAAUAAAUCGGCCUCGACAGGCCUCGGUAAGCUCGGUUCGUUCAGCAUCUGCCCACCUUAGUCCGCCGCCCUUCGGUGGUGUUGGCUUAGCGUUGGAAAUGGGCGACCUGGAUCCUAUUUUGGCUACCUUGGACAUCUCUCACCUGAUUGAGCCUAUCACCGAGGUACAGGCGAAUGUUUCUGUGGAGCGGGCAUGUGAAGUAUUGUUGGAGAAGAAAGAGUGGUGUGUAGCCGUUAUGACACAAGCAGCAGGUGCACAGCCAGUGUGCACAGGUCUUUUUGAUUUUAGUGAUGCAAACGCCUACAUGCACCUAGCUGUUACCGCCAACAGCCUUACUCCCGAAGACCUUCAGAAUGACCGAAUCUCUCAAAUUGUGUCUAGCGCACGACUUCGAAAAGAAGUACCCGUUGAACUCGCGUGCAAUCUUUCAGAGAAGAAUCCCUUGGUGAUGCUUCGCAACGAUACAACGUUAACCACCCUGCUCGAAAUAUUUUCACGAGGCACACAUCGUGUACUUGUUGAAGGGCCUGAACAGCAAGUGAAAGGCAUUAUUACGGACGGGGCUCUAGUAAAAUACUUUGCUAGUAACCACGAUAAGAUAACUAGCUCCCCCGUUAUAACUCAAAUUAUAUCUACUUCGCUUCUUGAACUCGAUGUAAUAACGCCACCUCCUAUUGUCUCGGCGUCCCCUGACUCCACUGUCCUUGACGCUAUGAUUCUGAUGUCUCGAGAGGGUGUCAGCUCAAUCGCAGUCUUAGAUCCUGGACCAGACAUAGGAAUUUUGAUUUCAACAGUCACAGUCACUGAUAUUGGGCAGCUAGUAAUCCCCAGCGAAUCCAAGAGCGUUUUGUCGAUGAAGCUGUCGGCAUUUGUGUCAGAAAUCAAGAACCCACAUGGUAUGAUUAACGGAGAGGAUUUAUACCCGGUAUAUAGCGUGUUACCAACGAGCAGUUUUGGAUAUACCAUCGAAAAGCUUCUUGCUACCAAAGUGAACCGUGUCUUUGUCGCAGAUGAGCCAGAGCCAAGCUCUCCUCCUUUCGGGCAGGGAAACUUGAAAGGGGUCGUUUCACUUGUUGACGUCCUGGCUGUAUUCGCCCGCUGCCUCGGAAUUGAAGCCAACCCCGGAAUGAUGCGUGAACGACGCCGCCGAGGAAGCUCCACUUCGGUCUCGUCUGCAUCCACUAAAUCACAUCGUAGCUCCCUGCGCCGAAAUAGUAGUAUCGGAAACUCGGGGGUUUUAGGGACUCCUCGGAUUCCAACCUGA